AUGGAGAAUUCGAGGAGAGGCUUAGCGGAGCUGCUGGCGCCGUCCCCGAUACAGUCCGCCCCGCUUCUGGAGAUUAUCACUUUGGAGGAAUUCGAGUGUGGAGUAAGGGAGCGGUGUGGGCCAGAAGCGGUGCCAGCGCAACACGCGGCGGAAUUCCAGGCGGAUUUUCAGGCUGCCGUGGAUUUUAUUUUGUUGGAAGACUUUGAUGGGGGGAUUGAGGGGAAAGGAGCGCGUUCGGCGGCGGACGAAGCGGAAGGGCGGUUGCAGGAGGAAGGCUCGGGUCUCGUUAUUGGACAAGGAAGAGACGCGUUGGAUGAGAGCGGGGAUGUCGUGAUCCGCGGGCGGGGGAUUGCAGAUGCUGCUGCGGCGCUGCGGAGCAUAUGGGCGGAGGAGGAUAUGGAGGGGUUGGAGAUUGAGGGGAUAGAGUGGGCAGGCGCAGGGGGAGGCGCAGGGGGGGAAGCGGGCGGAGAGGGAGGGGUAGGCGGGGGGGUAGGAUGGGAAGGGUUGUUGCUAGAGUCGUUGGGCAGAGCGGGAGCAGCAGCAGGAGGAGGAGGAGCAGGAAGGGGAGCAACAGGAGCAGGGGGCCGGUCAAGAGGCAGAGGCAGGGCACGAGAGGACCUAGGAGGCGGCUUGAUUCUAGAAUCCCUAAGCAGUUUCAGCAGCGCGCGCGCCAACGUGUGCGUCUACUCGGGCCGGUGGCAGUACGAGGCCACUCUAGGCUCCUCCGGCAUUCAGCAGAUUGGCUGGGCGACAUUGGCAUGCCCGUUCACUGCAGAGGAGGGCGUGGGGGACGCGCCUGACUCGUAUGCGUUUGAUGGGAAGAGGGUGCGGAAGUGGAGUGGGUGGUCGGCUCAGUACGGGCAGCCGUGGGCGGCGCAUGAUGUGAUUGGCUGCUGUAUUGACCUGGAGGGGGAUGGCGGUGUGGUGGGAGGUGAGGGUGCAGGUUCGGAAGCUGCUGCUGCUGCUGCUGCUGCUGCUGCUGCUGGUAGUACUGCUGCUGGUGCUACUGCUGCUGCUGGUUCUGCUGGUAGUGUUGGUGCUGGUGGUGGCAGAAGGAGUGGCGGUGGUGUUGGUGCCGCUGGUGCUGGUGCUGCCGGUGGGGCAUCCAGUGGUGGCACGGCAGUGGGGAGAGUGACAUUCUACCGCAACGGGGAGUGUCUGGGAGUGGCCUUCACAGGAGUGAAGGCGCUACAGAGGGGCCUGGCCUAUUUCCCAGCCAUCUCCAUCUCCCACUGGGAGCGCUGCGAGCUUAACUUCGGUGCCCGCCCCCCCCCAUCGAGCCUGCCAUUCCGAACCUGUCCGCUAGGCCCGGAUGACGAGGUUCUCCUGGUGGAGCUCCUGUGUGAGAGGCUCGGGCCGUUGCUGCUGGCAGGGGGGGCGCGAAUGGAGGUGCAGAGUCAGAUGGGGAGGAGGGCAAGGGAGGGCAAAGGAGGGGGAGGAGUGGGAGAGGGUGUGGGGUGGGUGCGAGGGGGGUAUGCUGUAUGGGCCUCCCUGCUGCCUCUACUCCUCCAACUGGCGCCCAGACAGGGGCUAGUCACAGGUGGGGGGAAGCAGGGUGCAAACAGAAACAGCCUACAGCAGCAGCAGCAGCAAAAGCAGCAAGGGUGGAGGAUGGUAGACCGAGUAAUGGACUCGCUUCACCUGUGUCUGGAGGACCAUGAGUGGUCCGGGAUCAUCCCGGCCCUCAUGGACGCCCUAGCCUUCCACUCCCGAACCUCCCUCAUAGGUUCGGCUGCGUUCACAGUGCCGAACCUAGCCGGUGCAGGAGCAGAAGCAGUUUCCGGCUCGGGAAAACCCCCAGAGGUUUGGCAAGAGGGGCGGGAUCCGUACCCGUACCUAUCCCUGGCCUGCCACUUAGCUAAGCGACAGGAGGUGUUAAGCGCAUGGUGGGCAGCAGACGGAUUCUCCUCCAAUCUAGAGGCAUUUUUGACCCGCAAAGUAGCCACGAGGGUGGAUCUGCAGAGGCUGUUUGCCUCACUGUGGUGGGCUGGGUGCAAGGAGGAGGAUUGCAGUGCAGCAGCCUUGGAAAGAAGCAAGAAGGCGCUUGUGAAGGCAAUGUCUAGGGUGGAGCUUUGUCAAGUGUCGCUCUGCCGCUCGCUCCUCUUCUUUGUCCCCUCUAAGAGCAUGACCGGGGCUUCGUCGACUUAUUCGCUUGCGACUGGCGGCGUGCUUGCUCCGUUUCUGAGGAGCCUCAUUCGCAAGAACCGGGCGGCGAACAGGAAUAUUGUGCCGCCCGGGCUCUCGGAUAGUAGCGUGCUGGUGACGGCGUUUUUUGUCCUCUUGCGGCUGUUGUGGGCGGGGCUGGUGGGCCGUGGAGGCGGGAAACUGCAGAAGACAAAGAGAGCUGGGGUUUUAAGAGGGUCACAUGUCUUAGUAGAAUCAGGGAGUGGAAGAGAGGGAGAAGCAGAGGGAAUGGAGGUUGAUUUUGAAAGAGGAACGUCAGGGAGGGAGGGUAGGCGGGUGGGGAAGGUAGAGAGGGAGGGAUGGGAAGCGGAGGAAGAGGAGGAGGAAGAGGAGGAGGAGGAGGAGGAGGAGGAGGAGGAGGAGGAGGAGGAGGAGGAGGAGGAGGAGGGGGAAGAGGAAGAGGAGGAGGAGAGCGAGGAAGUAUCAAUGCUGCCUUGGCCAAGAACACCCUCUGGGGCCAUUAGGAGCAGCUGGAGGGAGCGACAAGAGGCAAGCAGUGCCUUGGAUAGCAGCAGCAGCAUAGCAGCUGUUACAGCCACUGCCACUGCAGGCAUCAGCUUAGGUGCCACCGGCACUGCUGCCAUCCCUGCAGGGGGUUACCUGCAGCGUCACGGGCCGUGGAAGUUUCCUGUGGCCUUCUUCCUGCACCCGGAUUUGCAUUACUUUGACUUGCCACGCCUGGGCGGGCUGUUCAGCCACGUGGCCAAGACCUUCCCCCUCUCCGCUCCCCAGGACUUUGCCAGCGUGGCAUGGAGUGAUGAUGACGUGGAUGAUGAUCAUUGGGCGGCAGGAGAGGAGGGGGAGGGGGAGGCGGGUCGGGGAACGGGGGAGAGGAGAAGGGAGGAGCGGGGGACGGGGGGAGGAGGUACAGGGGAAGGAGGGGGAGCAGGCGGGGGGAGGAGAGCAGAGGGAGUGCAAGAGAGGGAAAUGGGAGGAGGGAGGAGUGAGGGGGAUGUUGAACGUGAGGGGGAGGAGAGGGGUGAGGAGAAGGCGGAGAGGGGGAAGGGGGAGGAGGAUGAGAGGGAGGUGCUUCUGCUGGACAUGGCAGUGCUGCUGUUCCACCUCAGGGGCGUGGGUGCCUUCAAACAGGCGGCGCUACAGCAGCAGGGCAUGGUGCAGGCGGUGGCACAGCUGGACGCGGACAGGCAGAUCGAAGCCUUCCUCCAUCCCUCCUACUCCCGCCUUCACCUCUCUCCCACUACUCCCUCUCCCGCCCCCUCCCCCUCCCCCGUUCCCCAGGCAGCACUGCAGCAGCAGGGCAUGGUGCAGGCGGUGGCGCAGCUGGAAGAUGCGGACAGGCAAAUCGCUGCUGCCAUUGGGGGGCGCACGGAGGGAGCUGCAACAGGGGGCGCUGCAGGGGGGUUGGGGGCAGGUGGAGAAGCAGGCACAGGGGCGGCGACAGGGGCGGCGACAGGGGCGGCGACAGGGGCGGCGACAGGGGCGGCGACAGGGGCAGGCCAAGGGGGAGGGGCAGCGGCAGGGGAAGAAGAGGGGGCUGAUGUGGGCGCUGCAGGAGCGGCAGCAGGGGCGGGUGUACCUGCAGUGGCAGCAACAGGGGGAACUGCGGGAGCCUCUGGGGGAGGUACAGCUGCCAGGGGAGGUGCAUCUGGGGGAGGUGCAUCUGGGGGAGGUGCAUCCGGGGGAGGUGCAUCUAGAGGGGCCUUGGGAGGGUCAGUGCGGGCGCAGCAGUUGAGGGAGGCGAGGCAGGUGUUCCGAGAGGACGUGGAUGAGAGUGUGAGGCUUGCAGUGUGGUGGAGAGCGGUGCUGGGCGGUGCGGCGUGGAAGCAGAGGGCGCUGGUGGGGGUGAGCAGGAGGGUGAGCUCGCUGCUGCUGGCUGCCAGCAAGCGGGGCCACAUCUUUGCCUAUGUGCCCGAGGUCUACCUGGAAGCCAUGAUCGAGGCCUUCCAUGCCUUCAGGCGUUGCGACCCGCCUCUCUUCCGCCUCCGCCACUCCGUGCACCACCUUGCGCCCUUUAUAUCCUUCCUGCUCACGCGAUUCAGCGAUGCAAGGAUCGCCAAUCCAGACACCAGAGACCAGCUGCUACAGACGCUCUCUGUGCUGCUACAGCUGCCGCCCUUCUCCGUUGCACUAGAGACAAACAAGGCCGCUCGCACGUGCUUCAUGCCCAGCCUUCUCAACGCAUUUGACCAGCGCUUCUGGAUACCCGUCUCUCAGAUCCUCCUGCGUCUUUGUGUGAGCAACCCCUUCGGAGGCCCCUCCAGCUUCCCCUCGCUCUCCCUCUCCUCCUCCUCCUCCACACCCUCCCUCUUCGCGCCUCUCUUCCAGCACUCCCUUCACCAGUUGUACCUGCACCAGCCGAGCCUCUUCUCUCCUUUCCUAAACCGCCUCUUCAACACUCUCAACUGGACUCUCACAGAAUUCCUGGUGGCUUUGAAAGAGGUGCAGGACUUGCAGCAGCAGGAGGAGGAGCAGCGGCGGCGGCGGAACCGGCGGCAGCAGCAGCAGCAGGCGUGGGAGCUGCAGCAGCGCAAGUGCAGUGUCAUGUUUGACCUUACUUGUAACCUUGCUAGGCUGUUGGAAGUUCUCUGUGAGGCUUCUCCGGAGGUUUUUCUCUCUUUGAAGGGGGGAGGGGGCCGGGAAAAAGGGGAGAAGGCUCUAGAAGGGGGUGAAGCAGGAGGAGCAGCAGCAGCUGCGGGAGGAGGAGGAGAGGGAGGAGAAGGAGGAGGUGAAGGAGAGAUGCAAGGAGUUUCAGGAGGAGAAGAGGGGAGCAGGGCCAGGGUGGAGCUAGUCACUCAGGGCGAGGGAGAGGGAGGAAGAGAGUCCAUUGAAGCUGAAGGAGAAGCAAUGACAGCACUUGCACCUGCCACCACUCCUGCUUCCUCCACAUCCCCUGCGCCGUCUGCAUCCUCUGCUCCCUCUGCAUCUGACUGCUCUCUCGAUCCUGAGAUGAACCGCAUGCGGCUGUUUGAGCUGCUGCUCUUCAUCCUCAACCACACGUGCUCGGGUGCUGAUGCACGCGCUCUUGACGGUGUCCUGCAGGACCACGUGUCCCCAUCGGACCAAUCAUCCCGCCCCAUGGUGCUCGCGCCUCUCGUGGGCAUCAUGGGCGGCCUCUUCUCGCAUGCUCAGCGGGCCAAUGGGAGCGCGCCAGCUGGCAUGGUGCGGUCGGUGCUGCAGGCGGAUCCCUCUCUUGAUUGCCUGGGCGGGCUUGAGUACCUGCUGGGGUUCGACUGGGAGAGUGAGUUCAGCAGCCCCCCCUCAGCGUGCCUGGCGGAUCUGCGCCUCUUUGUGGAUCAGCUCAGGGUGGAGCAGGCUGCUCGCAAGGCGGCAGCAGAGGCCGCUGCUGCUGCCGCUGCAGGCCGCGCCAAGAAGGGCAAAGAUCACAUGCAGGAGCAAGGCCCCACCGCAGAGGGGAUGGCUGGGGCUGGUGCUAGUGCUGGCACAGGGGAGGGGGAGGUUGAGGAGGAGGAGGAAGAGGGCGAGAUGUGCAGCAUCUGCUACGCGGCUCCCAGUGACACCCAGUUCAUCCCCUGCGGUCACUCCUCCUGUGAGCGCUGUGUGGCGCGGCACCGCCUCAACAGCCCCCGCUGCUUCUUCUGCAAUGCUGUCAUCGAGCGACUGGUGGCGAAGCAUUGA